UACCAGCUGGUGCCACGGUCUCAUAGUCCUCCAUACUUAUUUGUGUGCAUCAGAAACUGGGAAAUGGACAUUAUAUUUAAGCGUAAAUCCAUAACUACCAUCUUUGGCUGUUUAUUUGCAUUAUUCCUUCACAAAAUCUGCUUUGCUGAGAAAAUUUGUUCCGUCCCCUCAGAGCCUGUAACAAUUAAAGAGAAUAACACCGCUGACACACUUGUUGUCCAUAUUAACACAACAACAAAGGAUGUAACGCUGAAUCUCACAGAGAAUCCUGGGAAUGCCUUCGAUCUGAGAGGUUCAGAACUGAUAGCAAAGAAAGGCCUGGACUUUGAAACACUUUCAGGCCCUGAAGAACUAACUGUCCAGAUCCGAUGUAAUAAAACUGGCUACAGAAGUAUCAUUCUGACUGUGAUUGUUCGUGUUGUGAAUAUCAAUGACAACCCUCCAUCAUUUGACAAGAGCGAGUAUACACUUGACAUAAAUGAGCUUACACCAGUUAAUAGCAGCAUUGCCCUGAUUGAAGCAAUAGAUGAUGAUUCUGAGGUUCUGUAUUAUUCUAUGGAACCAACUGUGAAUAGAUACUUCAGACUUGAGACCAUGUAUAUACCAAGCAUCCUUGUGAACAAGAUUUUAGAUUACGAUGUCAUCCAACAGGUGAAACUGAUCUUGUAUGUGCAGGAUACUCCACUUCCAUCACAACUGGGUGAACUCUCUUUCACAGCUUCAGCAACCAUAAUCGUCAAUAUUAUAGACAUUGAUAACCGUCCUCCCUGGUUUCAACCAUGUACAAGAGUAAGCAGUGGUAAUGCCAAACUCUGCCUGAGCCUGGGCUACAAGGGCAGGGUGAACCUAACAGAGAAACAGGAUGGAGCCUUGCAAUUGCAGCCAGGUCCAGUGUAUGCCAGAGAUGGAGAUAAAAGCAGAAAUGAAGAGAUAAGCUAUAAAAUUGUUCGAGGAAAUGACGACAGCAUAUUUCAGAUUGAUGAGAAAUCUGGAAAUAUAUCCAUGCUGAAACCAGCAGAUAUAGCUGGCCCAAUAUCACUCUUAGUUUUGGCUUCCCAGGUAUUAAAUAGAGAUCAGUUUGCCACCACUUCAGUCACUAUUGAUGUAAUGAAAAAGAGCAGAAAUGCUCCAAAGUUUGAGAAGGAUCGAUAUGAAGGGUAUGUUUACAGUACUUCAGGGCCUGAAAACAUGGUGCUAAGGGACAGGACAUCCAACAGACCCAUCAGAGUCAGAGCAAGGGAUGACGAUUUUGCAAGUGGAAUCAAUCCUGACAUAAGAUAUGAAGUGCAGUAUAGCAGCUAUGUUAAUAUCACAACAGAUGGGUUUAUACUUUUGAAGAAAGCCGUUCGGACUGAUUCCUUUGCUGUGCAGCUUAGGGCAGUGGAUGUGACUACUGGUGAGGCAGGAACAACUACUCUCUCUGUGAUUGUAGUACCAUUAGUGGGGGUCCAGUCACCCGAUGAGGGGUACCGUGCAGGAGACAUGGCUUUGCUGGGCUUUGUAAUGGCUGCGUUACUGGUGCUGUGCCUCAUUGUGAUUGGCUAUCUGAUAUCCCGUGUCAAGAAGGGGAAUCCUGAUGCAUUCAAGUCUGAGGUCAGCAUCUUCUCAUCAAUGCUCAGGCCAUGCUUGAAGUUUACUCAGCCCCCUAACAGGCCAAGUCCAAGAGAUAGCAUGCAGUUCACCAAUGAUGGUUUCUUGAAUGAAGGGGACACAGGGAGAUCCAGAUCCAGGCGAGCUGAACUGAGAGAAAGGAGACUGGAUGCAGUUCAAGCAGCGAGGGUGCGAGUGAUACCUCGCGAGAGACAGAGGCACUGCAGCUCCUGUGGACUCCAGACGCAUACCAACCAUUCACACCACAGUCCUGCCGUCCAAACCAGAGGAAAGGUGAAUAAGCAUAAAGUAAAAUCCAUUCUGGCUAAAGAGAGGAGGAAGGAUGACAGCCACAAGACCGUUUGGUUCAAGGAGAGCGAGGAUUCUUCAGAUAUCGAGGUGGAGAUCAUCCCUGACACUAUAGGGCUUAAACCAGAAGAGGACAUGGAGAAAGUCGAAGGGGAUUUUGUGUCCCCUCCACCGGAAGACAGUGAGAUGGAACUGGGGGAGUUGACAAUGCUGAAUAUACAGGACUUGACUAGCAGGGAAACAGCAAAUUCUGAAGGACUGAACACAGAAAGAAGAGAUCAGUGAGGAUCUCAGAAGCUCCUGCCCAGUAAAACUAGAGUUCUUUGCUCAUCAGAGACUGAAUUUGUUUUGUUUUUUCAUGUUCAGUUUGGCUGAAAUAAUUUAUAUAUGUGAAAAUAAAACCAGGUUCCGUUCAGACAUAAUUAUUGGCAAAAUACUGACACAUUUAUUCAUAAUGGUGUUAAAUGAUGAGUCCAUUAUGAUAUGCAUUUUUCCAUUGUGUGACAUGCAUGCUAAACUAAUAUGCAAACAUGUGUUGAUGUAAUAUGUCUAUAAUUUCAGAAAACAAUACUUAGAAUUUAAUGUUGACUUGCUGCUUUAUUUAACGUCAGCUGUGUCUAUAUGAAUAAUGCAUUGUGAAAUAGAGUAUUUUGUAUAAUUAUGUAAAUUAUGUGGAAAACAUCUAGAAUAAAGCAAAUUUGAAAGUAG